UCGUUUUGCUACUGUUUUUUUGGUAGACGCACUCAUUAAACAAGUCGUAAUAGUUUCGGACUGAUAAACUGUUAAAGUCUCCUAGUGUUUGCUCUUUUAAAGCGUGCUUUUUUAAAAGCUGGAAACAAUACUUUCAGCUUUCCUUUUUGCAGAUUUUGCAAACUGUGCAGCAGGCAAGCUUAUAGGAUUGCAGAUUGUUGCUGCACGGUUACUGCUGUCAAGACUGGAUUGUCGCUAUCUGUCAAGCAGAGAGUUUUACAGUUUCAUUAUCAGCAGCUGUCUCGCUCAUCGCUGAUAACGGGGACGAAGUAAAGAUGCCAUGAGCAUCCCGGAUAGUGUGAGAAACUGCGCAUGGCUGGUAUUCCUCAGGAUGUGGCCGCAUAUUUCCCGCACGCUUCAACUAUUAUCCGAUAUGAAGAUCACCCUGAAUUAUCGCCGUAUUUUUCUCCUGCUAAUCGGUUUGAGCAUGUUUCUCUACGCCAUACCCGUCCUGUUCCGUCGACUGCGCGGGACACGACCCGCACAUUUUGUCCCCUUUCAGUGCCUGCAAGAGCGUCUGGAAGAUUUCAAAGACGCCAUCCACACUUUCGACGCCAGUCUGCAUUACGACGAAGUGGAGAGCAACUACUUUCCCUUCACAGGCAACGGCUAUAUUGCCCUGGGCGUCGUACAGUCCCUGUCCAAAUUACUCAUACGGCAGGGACGGUAUUUUGAGACAGUGCCAUAUUAUCCGCUGGUCAGCAUUACGGUGAAUAGUCCGCUGUUGGGACGGAGUUUGGACGAGACGGCGGCGACGGUGAUGGACUUCCGCAAGGGAACCGUGCAUUUACUACAGAGCUUCGGUGAAGCGUCGCAUGUCUGCCUGCAAGUCAGCAGGAAAAUUGCCGCGCACCGCAAGAUUCCGCACUUAUUAGUGGAGACGGUGGAUUUCUAUAAUCCAUCAGCGGAGGAUAUGGAAGUGAAGAUCACUCUGCAUUCAAAUUUACGAGAAAUUAAAGAGGCUGUCGUGCUGGACGGAAAGGCACGCGACAGUGAAAUCGUCUCAGGGAUUGUGGAGAAUGCGGGAUCCAGUCAGAAAACCGUGAUUGCCAUCGCCAGACCGAAACUCGCUGAUUCCAGAAAAAUUACGCUGAAAGCGGGCGGACGAAUACAGCGGCAGAUAGUAACAGUCAUAAGUUACGAAUCGUUUGUGGACAGUGCCAAUACUGCACAGAUAAAGAACAAUGCAAUUGAUGAAGUACAGGCUUUGUACAAUUCCAUUAUUGGCAUCCCUAUGGAUAUGUUAUUGAACAGCCACUCGAUGGUGUGGGAGGCCUUAUGGAAAUCUGGUUUUACCAUAAGUUAUUCCAAGGCUGCCAAUGUGUACAAUGGAGAUAAAAUUAACGCGACCGUAUACUAUGCGCUGUGCUUCGAGAAAUCCUCCAGUCAGGAGCUGAAGGACGUCAAAUCCAGGGAGCAACUCCUGACCCUCCGACCGACAUUGGAGGCACCGAAAAGUGCCGGACACUGCUAUGCCACGCACAACACUCUGCAGGCAUCUUCCCUGUGGUCCAGCUAUCGUUCUGUCGAGGAAAUCGUCCGAGUGUCGCAUUUGUGGCGGUUGACUCUGAUGAAACAAGGAUGCGGCAACUUUCUUGCCAUGGGAGCGGAAGGUUUUCUACAGGCUUUUAUUUUGAGUCUCGGCGGGCUUCGCUUUUUUGGCUACGAGCAUCUGGAAAUGUGGAUGCAUCCAUCCGAAUUGCAUCGAAAUUACGAUUUCCGGCGCAUUGCUUAUGGAGCGGAUGCCCAUUUGAAUAUAGCCAUACGUGUGGGAGAAGAAACGGAAAACAAACCAGUUUUACAGGUUUCGGUUGAUCGUUCCGAUAAAACCUUUUACGCUUGCGAUGCGGGAUGUUUGGAUCCUCCAGUCGCUUUGACCAAAGAAAUGCAGGAAUUUCCGGUGAAAUUAACUGACCCAUUGACUGCCAUUCUGUAUAUCACUUCCGAUAAAGAGCACAUGGAGGAGCUAAAACAUACCCUGCAUGUAAAAGAAAUCAAGGAGUCGGAUCCUCAUCCUCACCAUGUCUUGGCGGAGCACAAACACGGCCACAGUCUAGGAGGACUGCCGGCCUUAUUCUGGAUAAGCGUGGCGUUAUUGGUUGCUGUUUUUCAUAUAUUUUUAAUACGACUUGUUGUUAAUGAAUAUUUUAAUCAGGAUAAUAAGUCAUAUGCGCCGGCGAAAAGGCCGUCACGGUAUACUGCUUGAUUUGCUUUUUUAUAUUUUCCCUGUUGUUGCCUGUGUUGAUGUUGAUCUGUUUGUGAUAAAUUAUUAAACAAUUGAAUAAAGAUACG